CGGCGUAGAAGCAGCGCACCGCACCGGCACCAUCCGCACUGACUCGGGGCCCGUGACAUGUGAGCGCGGCCGUAACAAGCGUCACACCGGAGCUUUACGAGUGUUAUUUAUCCACACAUCCCCCCGGUACCGCCAUGCCCAGGAAAGCCAAGGAGGAGGCGGAGUGGCUGGACGACGAGGCCCCGCCGGCAGCCGCUGAAAAAACUGUGAAGAAGGGCAAGAAAAAUAAGAAGGAUAAAAAGAGCUUCUUUGAGGAUCUUGCCACAGAAAGCAAAUCGGAGAAGACAGAGGAGCCUCCUGCUAAAGAAGCACAGGGGAAAGGAAAGCCUCAGAAAAAGAAAAAAGACCGGCGGAAAGGCAAAGGGGCAGACGACGAGGACGAGGACGAGGAUGUGACGCUGAAACUGGAGAAGCUGUCAGUCCAGCCCAGUGAUGAAGAGGAGGAAGAGGAGGAGCCCGUUAUUGUGCCCCCUAAAGGCAACAAGAAGAAUAAGGGGGGGAACAUCUUUGCAGCUCUGAGCCAAGGCCAGAGUGACGAGGAAGAGGGGAAUGACUCAGAGGAAGAGGAAAAAGUAGUUAAAAAGGAUGUUGAGAAGGGCAAAAAGAAAGAGCAGCCGAAGAAGAAGGGAAAGGCUGUGUCUGACGAGGAAGAGGAGGAGGUGGCAGUGGAGAAAGUGUCACAGAAAAACAAGAAACCUGAAGUCAAGCAGACCAAGAAAGACAAAGCGCCUGAGCCCAGUGAUGAAGAGGAGGAGAGCGACGGAGGAGACAUGAUGCUGAGCGCGGAGGACGUGAUCGCUCAACAGGUCCACGAGCACGGGGACGACCCCUUCGCCAACCUCAGCAAGAAAGAGAAGAAAAAGAAAAAGAAACAGCUGGAGUACGAGCGUCAGGUGGCCAGUGUGCGCGCUCAGAACGCUAUGGAGGGAGACUUCUCCAUCUCUCAGGCGGAGCUCUCCUCCAGACAGGCCAUGCUCGAGAACGCCUCGGACAUCAAGCUGGAGAGGUUCAGUAUAUCGGCCCACGGGAAGGAGCUGUUUGUAAACGCAGACCUGCUGAUCGUGGCCGGGCGCAGAUACGGUUUGGUGGGACCAAAUGGUAAAGGAAAGACCACACUAUUGAAACACAUUGCAAACAGAGCUCUGAGUAUCCCCCCAAACAUCGACGUCCUUCUGUGUGAGCAGGAGGUGGUAGCAGAUGACACCCCCGCGGUGCAGGCUGUGCUGAAGGCAGACACCAGGCGUCUGAAGCUGCUGGAGGAGGAGAGGCAGCUGCAGGCGAGACUCGAGAAGGGAGAGGACAGUGUGGCCGAGAGACUGGACAAGGUUUACGAGGAGCUGAGAGUGAUUGGAGCGGCUGCAGCGGAGGCCAAAGCUCGCAGGAUCCUGGCCGGUCUCUCCUUCACUCCAGAGAUGCAGAACAGACCCACCAAGAAGUUCUCUGGAGGCUGGAGGAUGAGAGUGUCUCUGGCCCGAGCGCUGUUCAUGGAGCCCACUCUCCUGAUGUUGGACGAGCCGACGAACCACCUGGACUUGAACGCCGUCAUCUGGCUCAACAAUUACCUUCAGGGCUGGAAGAAAACUCUGCUGAUUGUGUCCCACGACCAGAGCUUCUUGGACGACGUUUGUACAGACAUCAUCCACCUGGACAACCAGAAGCUCUACUACUACAGAGGGAACUACUUGACGUUUAAGAAGAUGUACGUCCAGAAGCAGAAGGAGCUCCAGAAACAGUACGACAAACAGGAGAAGAAGCUGAAGGAGCUGAAGGCCGGCGGCAAGUCCACCAAACAGGCCGAGAAGCAGACAAAGGAGGCACUGACCCGCAAACAGCAGAAGGGUAAAAAGAAGGGAGGACAGGAGGAGGAGAGCCUGGAAGCACCGGAGCUCCUCAAGAGACCCAAAGAAUACACCGUCAAAUUCACAUUCCCAAACCCCCCGCCCCUGUCCCCGCCCAUCCUCGGACUGCACAGUGUGGACUUUGGAUACGAGGGACAGAAGCCGCUCUUCAGGAACGUCGACUUCGGUAUUGACAUGGACUCCAGAAUUUGUAUCGUUGGACCGAAUGGAGUGGGGAAGAGUACACUGCUGCUCCUGCUCACCGGCAGACUACACCCGACUAAAGGGGAGAUGAGGAAGAACCAUCGCCUGAAAGUGGGCUUCUUUAACCAGCAGUACGCCGACCAGCUGAACAUGGAGGAGACGGCCACAGAGUAUCUGCAGAGGAACUUUAACCUUCAGUACCAGGACGCCAGGAAGUGUCUGGGCCGGUUUGGACUGGAGAGUCACGCCCACACCAUCCAGAUCUGCAAACUCUCCGGUGGGCAGAAGGCCAGAGUGGUGUUUGCUGAGCUUUCCUGUCGCCAGCCUGAUGUCCUCAUCUUGGAUGAACCUACCAACAACUUGGACAUCGAGUCCAUUGAUGCUCUGUCAGAGGCCAUUAAUGAAUAUAAAGGAGCCGUGAUCAUCGUGAGCCACGACGCCCGCCUCAUCACGGAGACGCAGUGCCAGCUGUGGGUGGUGGAGGACAGCUCCGUGAACCAGAUCGACGGAGACUUCGAGGAUUACAAGAGGGAGGUGCUGGAGGCGCUGGGGGAGACGGUGAUGAACAAAGCCAACGCGUGAAAACAACAACAACUCGACAACAAAACCACGCCGCAAUAUGGACACUAACCUGUAACAGCAACGCAAACAUGUACCAGAAGAGCAGGCUGAUCCACUGCAGCCAAAACUAAUAAAAUCAUAUUGCUUUUU